CUCAGAGUAUGUCCACUUAGGGCUUCUGUAUAAAACAGCUUCAUCCAGUAUGACUUACACUGAGCUCUGUUUAUAGGCUCUGCUGCUGGACUUUUAUUCUGAAAGAGGAAUGAGCUGUGAGGUGGGAGGUGACUGUUUUUGUGAAGAGAGGCUGCAGGUAGAGGAACCAGACUGAGGGAUUACAGCUCUGAAUCAUUAACAGGUGAGUUUGCAUGCACAAAAAUGUGAACUUUAUUCGGGCACAACAUGUUGAACGAGGUCUUUACAUCGCUUAAGUUUGCCACCAUUAAAUCAUAGAACAUUUCUGCUGCAGCCUGGUAAAGAGAGUGGAUUUAUGUUUCAGAAAGAGAUGGAUGAAAAAAAGUUAAAGCAAAUACAAAAGAGCAACAUUAUCAUUUAAGGAAAAAAACAACAACCUGACUUCAAGAAGUGUCCAGUUAGACUCAUAUAAGUGCUAUAAAAAUGUUAAUGAUGUAAGUAAGACAGACUCCUCAUUUAGAUCUUGAACUGACACCAUCAAGUCUCUAACUUUGGCAGUGAGAGCCUCCGCAGCCUGGCUUUGAGUUACUGAAUAAAAACCCUCAAAAAAGGAGACAAAGAGAGUAAUCUUACAGCUUAAAGCUCUAAUACAUCUGCAUAUUUGGAUUUGAUAGGAUUGUUAAACGAUAACAGUGACUCUGUUGACUCAGGUGUAAAACUAUUCAUUCACUUACCCCCUCUGCUCUGAAAACACACACAGAAACAGACACACAGCUGAAAAACAAAAUGAGCAACAACUUUCUGAUGUUUUCAGGUGUGUGAGCAGGUCACAGUCUGAGUAUGUUUCCUUCAUGGUGCCAGAUCCUGAGGGCCUUCUGCUCUGUGUUUGAGGAGCUGAUACUGCAGUCCAGUAUCAGCACAGCUUUUGGGGUAAAGGAAAAAAGAAAUGAAUAUUUUCUGUAUAGCUUUUAAUUCAGUGAAAAUGAUCCUGAUUGAGCUGAAUCUUUUUGCAGACUUUGCAGAUCAUGGUGGGGCUGUUCAACAUCGGUCUCGGUCCAGGGCGAACAAGUGUAGUCCCUGGGGAUUUGGCCAGCCUGGGAGCUGCUUACUGGCUGGGUGCUGUGGUAAAAUAAGACUCACACUUCUGUUACUUCUCCUGCUUAAUUACUGCCUAAUUUAACAUUUCUAUCAGGUUUGUUUUUACGAAUUUAUUCCCACAGGAGGUGCAUUCAUAGACAGAAAUAAACAUUUACCCCCAAUCAAGGUGCUGAUUUGUACAGUAACCCUGAAGGUCAAUGGAACAUAUAUUUUAGAAUGGUAAAAAAAAAAAGUUUAAUAAAACAUAAAAAAUACUUAAAAAUAAUAAAAUAAUAAUAAUAAAAUGUUUCGGAACCCCCCCUCAAAAAAUGAAUUAAAAAGAUAAAAUUAUCUUUCAUAAAAACUUUAAAUUUUAGAAAAUACAGAUUCUUAAGACAUACAAAUAUUUUAGAAAUGCAGAUACAUUUUUAAAACUAUGGUUUUGAUGAUUCUUUUGUUUGUGUCUUUUCCAAAAUAUUUUUUAUGUUUUGUUAGUAUUUAUUUGUGUUUUCUAAAUUUUAUUUUGUGUUUAUGUGAAAGAUGUUGAUGUUUUGGGUCCUAGUAAUUUUUCUUUUCAUUAAUGAAAUAUUUUUCUGUCUUAUUAAAUAAUAAUUUAUUACCUCCUGAAAUGUUUGUGCCAUUGACCUUCAGGACCACUGAAUCUUUGGCUUUGUGGUUAACUGAACAGGUGCAAAUGUCCUCAUCACAGUGGUUGCUGGUUUGAUUCCCAACCCUUUCUUUCGUGUCUUUCUCGCUCUCUAUUCCCUAAAAAUCUGUUACUUACUGUGCCUUAAACAGCAAAAGAUCCUAAAAAUAAUCACUAAAAAGAGCACUGGUUUCUGUCUGAUUGUCUCUGAUUCGAGCUGUCUGCUGAUCUCUCUUCAGUUCAUUGUGACUGGAAUCAUGUCCAUUUUGGCUGGAGAGUUCCCCUCACGUGUCCUGGUAAGCAACACCGCAACUACCACAACAACUACCCUGACUAUGACAACUACCUUUAGGCACCGAACAUACGAUGAAAAAGCUGGGUAAAGAGAUAAAAAGAGUUUAAAGUUGUCCACAGGGGGCGCCAAAAUCAGCAUAAAUCAAAAGUUCCUCACAUUUGUCUUUUGAAAACAGCAAAAACUUGACAAAAUGAUGUUUGAGAUGAAAGUAAAGCCUGUGAAUUUGUGUUUUUAUCUAAGUUCAACAACAGUGUGAAUCCGACUUCUAACUCUCUCUGCUCUCAGGUGGGUUUCACUGUGUUCAUGAACAUUUCUGCAGCGAUCUUCGCCAUCACCGGUAUCGUGCUGUAUGUUAUCGACAUGCAAAAUGCCUCCCUGCUCUGGUUGUGUGAUCGCAGCAGAAUCGGUGCUGACAACUGCACGGCUGUGGCGCUCCGUGCACAGGCAAGCAUGCUUUUUAACUAAAACCCCAAACACAGUCAUAAGGAGCUUUAAAAUGUUCAGAGGAUUUUACCCCUUUAAUGCAUGAAUUGAGAAGAAAUGCGCAAACACCAGCUGUACUUGAAGCAUAAGUUAAGAUAGAUGGUAAUGGUGAUAGCAGCAUGCAGGAAGACAGCAGUUUCUGUUCUGCUUUUUCUCAUACUUGAGGAUUGAAAACCUCCGUCCAGAGGGAAGAAGCUGAAACCUAAAGUGUCAAGUGUCAUUAUUUAACAAGGGAGCUGUUUAAAGAAACAUGACUAAAAAUGAGCAGAAGUACGAAGUGGCAUGGACUGAAAUGCCUCAGGUUUAUUAUUAAAAAUUUAAAGCUCCUGUGAGGAGUUUUUUUUACAUAUAUUAGACAGCAUGAAAUUCAUAUUGAUGGCUUUUCAUGAUAACCAAAAGUAAACAAGACCAUUUGCAACAAGACUGAUGGUUUGUAAGCUGUCACUUUUAAUGAAACUGGAGCGAGGAGGUAGGUGUCAGCCAAGAAUCAGAUUUUUUUUUUUUUACAGUUUUUGCAUAAAUAUAAAUAUUUGGUGUGUUUUGAAGCUCAAAAGUCGACAGGGUGAGAAUUCUUUGGGUCAAAAGUAAAUACUCAAGUGAGAAGAGGACUAAAUAAAUAAGGACUUCUUUGUCCAUUUAAAGUAACCCAAAUUAAAAGUUGCUCAAAGGGACCUUAAAGAUUUGUGUUUUGUGUUUCUGUGAAAAAAUCCCGUAGGGUUGAAACAGAUUUAGAUCAACGAUGAUGCCUCUUUAUAUAUGAUGUUAUUUUUUUUACAAUAAUUUGUAUCAUUUAGAAGUGAUAACAUAUUUUGACAAAUAAAAACAAGGAAGACAUGCAAGUUUGGUACUUGAGUAAAUUUUCUUUAUCUUUCAACUCUGUGAUUUUGAUGUUUUUUUGCCUGAUCAUAACCACUUUUUAAGUAUUUAAGCUGAACUGGAAGAUUAAGGACAUUUUUAAAUAUUGCUUUUAGUGAAUUAAAUUAUAUUUAUUUCUUCAUUUCUGCUCCCUCAGACUUUGUUGGUGUCCAUGGACACCACGAUGAUCGCCAUGGCGUUGCUCCAACUCACUGUCAGUGUUAAACUCACCAUCCUGGGCAUCAAGGCUUUAAUCAGUGAGAUAAAAAAUAAAAAGGUAUGAACCGAAAUGAGUCUUAGGGAGAACAAGCAGCUGGAGUUUCUUCAUUAAUAGCAGUACCACUGAUAAGAUUACCAGCAUCACAUUUACUGCCAUUUAUGUUACCCUUACAUCAAUUUCCCUUUUCUGUUGGAGAAAAACGACAGAGGAAAUAGAAACGAACAAGGAGACAUGCAUUCAGAUUAAUCAAAAAGAGAAUAUAAUACAAUAAAAAACUUCUUUAUAAAACAGCUGUUGUUUUAUUUCAUUUAAAAUUCUGGGAAAGUAUUUAGUGUUAUAUUUUCCGUAAUCAUAUUCUGUAAAUAACUAUUUAAUUCAUGUUUCUCCCUUCACACAGGGUGGUAAUGGUGCAGAAGAUUAGCUGUCGUGGCUGAAGGAAAGUCCUCCUCACCGGUCCCUUUAUUUCAGCUAAACAUCUGCACUGAAAGAGCGGCCUGUUAUCAUAACACUUUUGCAUCUAAACAAACUGAUUUGUUGAAUUAAAGCUACUUCAACUGCUUGAUUCAGAGGGAAAGUAACGUUUUUGUAAUCACUUGUUUGUUUUAUCUGCUUCUGAUUUUUUUUAAAGAUGUAAACCUGCUUUAAUAAAAUGUGUUAAAUUGUUUAAAAAUAAAAAUGUCUAAAGAGACUUGUUGUGAGCAAAAGUGAGCAGGUUUCAUGUCUGCUUUUCCAAAACAAAGCACAUAGUUACUGUCCAGCAUCCACAGCUGAUGUUUUCCAAAGAUUUAGAAAAAGACAGUAAAACACAAUGAAUGGCAGACAUGCGGUGUCUCUAUUCAUCUUCUUAGGGAUCCUUAACUCUAGCUACUACUCUAAUAACAUGUAAUAAAUAAAUAUCAGCUUUCUAACAUUGUUAAAAUUGUGAGACUGAUGAAGCAACUGGAAACACACUGAAACUAAAGAUAUUAGAAAAUUAGUCAAAACAAGCGAGG